AAAAAUAACACAUGUAAACAUUGAAUAUUGGAAACAUUUUUCGUAAAAUACAUACAAUGUUUACGACGAAAGCGUUUAUUAAAAAAUCAAAAAUCGGCCACUUCUUGAAAAAUGUUAGAGAACACUAUAUAAGAGACGAUAUCUUCUGCGGAGUGCCGAGUUGCGAAACUUGCCAUCCGGUCGAAUCUCACUUGAGUUCGACUUAUAAAAAUGUUUGUUGCUUGUUCAAGUACAAUCACUACCUAAUUCUGGACACCAAUGUGAUCUUAGAUCAGAUGGACGUGUUAGACGAGCCCAUUCUCGAAAACAUUAUCAUUUUACACACUGUAUUAAAAGAGGUUAAACACCGCAGUUUGCCGAUUUACAAGCGCCUCCAGAGCAUAAUCGACAAUCCCAGCAGACAUUUCUACGUAUUUACUAAUGAUCACCACAAGGACACCUACGUAAAACAAGAUGACAAGGAAUUAAUCAACGAUUACAACGAUCGGUUGAUACGAAAAUCGUGUUCUUGGUACAUGAAACAUCUUCCGGGAGAAAUAUUCGUUCUACUUUCAAACGACGCCAAAAACAGAGCCAUAGCUUUAGCAGAAGGAAUACCUACUUUAACAAUUAAAGAUUACAUAGAGAGCGUGAAAGAUAAUUCCGUUCUAUUAGACAAGCUCGCCAAAAAAGAUAUCCACGUCGAAACUUACACGAAAGAUAUUUUCCCUCCGCAUUUGUCGAACGUAGAGCUCCUGACGGGUGUUAAAAAUGGCAAAUUGCAUCAAGGCACCUUUCGAGCAUCGAAAGAUAACUUCCUCGAAGGUUUCGUGAAUGUAGACAGCCUCGAAGAUCCCGUUUUGGUUCAAGGAAGAAGCGGGCUGAACAGGGCCGUUAACGGAGACAUCGUAGUGGUGGAAAUAUUCGAUAAGAAGGAAUGGGUGUCGCCCAGCGAUAUUGUGCUCGAGGACGAAGGCGUAGCCGAGGAAGGCAUCGAUGAAAUCGAACUCAAAGAAAGGGAAUUGAAAAGGUCGAAGAAGAUCAAAGAGGAGAUAAAACCGACCGGAAAAGUGGUCGGGAUAAUUCGAAGAAAAUGGAGGCAAUACUGCGGAAUAUUACAAGGAGGUAUGGAUGGAGUUUAUCAAUUAUUCGUGCCUUCAGAUCGAAGUAUACCGAAAAUUCGGAUCGAAACGAGACAAGCGGAUUUCCUCCGAACGCAAAAACUCAUCGUUACUAUCGAUUCCUGGCCUCGACAUUCUAGGUAUCCGCACGGACAUUUCGUGCGUGCUUUGGGCAAAAUCGGAGACCAAACCACCGAAAACGAAGUAGUACUUUUAGAACACGACGUGCCUCACAGUCAAUUCUCCGAAGAAGUGCUGGCUUGCCUACCGAAACUCCCUUGGAUUAUCACUGAAAAGGAUGUGAAAAAACGGGUGGACAUUCGCCACUUGGACAUAUGCUCGGUAGAUCCUCCCGGUUGCACGGACAUCGACGACGCUCUGCACUGUCGCCCCAUCGGUAACGACGGCUUCGAAGUCGGCGUCCACAUCGCGGACGUGGCUCAUUUCAUCCGCCCCGGCACGGCCAUCGACAAGGAAGCCGCCUCGAGAGCGACCACGGUCUAUUUGGUCAACAAAAGGAUCGAUAUGGUGCCGGAGCUCCUCAGCUCGAACCUGUGUUCGCUGCGAGGCGGCGAAGAGCGAUUCGCGUUCUCUUGCGUAUGGGAAAUGGACGCCAACGCGAACAUUUUGAACACGAGAUUCCACAAGAGCAUUAUCAAAUCCAAGGCAUCGUUCACCUACGAAGAGGCCCAAAUGACCAUCGACGAUAAGAGCAAAAACGAUCCGAUCGCUAUGUCUCUAAGAGGGCUGAACAAGUUGGCGAAGAUAUUGAAGAAACGACGUUUAGAAAACGGCGCGUUAGUGCUCGCCUCUCCCGAAGUUAAAAUCCACAUGGAUUCCGAAACUAUGGAGCCUCUAGACGUCGAAGUGAAGAAACUCUUCGAAACCAAUUCGAUGGUCGAGGAAUUUAUGUUGCUGGCUAAUAUAAGUGUGGCUGAAAAAAUACUGGACGAGUUUCCCGAAUGCGCGAUGCUCAGGAGACAUCCCACGCCUCCGAGUACGAAUUUCGAUCCGUUAAUCAAAGCAGGGAGGCACUUGGGCUUGGAUAUAAACGUGGAAUGCGGUAAAAACUUGGCGCAAUCCUUGGACGAGGCUACGAAGCCCGAAAAUCCCUAUUUAAACACCAUGUUGAGGAUUCUAGCGACGCGCUGUAUGUUACAAGCGGUUUAUUUCGCCAGCGGUACGUUGCAAAAGGAGGAAUAUUACCAUUACGGUCUCGCGGUGCCGCUUUACACGCAUUUCACCUCGCCCAUUAGAAGAUACGCAGACAUUAUCGUACAUAGGCUAUUGGCUGUAACGUGUGGAGCAGAUUCGACUUAUCCUGAUCUAUUAGAUAAACAGAAAUCGACGGAACUAUGCCAGAAUUUGAAUUACAGAAAUCGAAUGGCUCAAUACGCUGGUAGAGCAUCAGUUGCAUUCAAUACUCACCUAUUUUUCAAAGGGAAACUGCAAGACGAGGAGGGUUACGUGCUUCAUAUUAGAAAAAACGCUCUGCAAAUUCUCAUUCCAAAAUACGGUUUAGAAUGUACGCUAUAUUUAGCCAAGAAAGGGGAGAGUUCGAAUAUAUUCGAAUACAACGAAGAGGAACAAAGUCAAAAGGCCGGAAAUAUAACCUUACACGCCUUUGAUCCGGUGAAAGUGCGACUAAGUUUGGAUUCCAACAAUAUUCAACACGAGAAAUUCGUCCUGCAAUUGGUUUCUCCCUAUAUCGAAGGAUUCAGCGUUCAACCUCUCGGCGAAUCCAUGGAAGUGGAUCCGGAUAAACCCGCUUCGGAGAAGAAAAGAAAAUCCAAAAGCGAGUCGCACGUAAAAAACAAAAAGAAAAACUAGUUAUAUAAGUUUAUUACAAAA